CACAAACUAUACACCAUGUUCAUCCUCAAUUGGUUCUGGGACGUCCUCUCUUCCCUCGGUCUUAUGAACAAGAGCGCAAAGCUCUUGUUCCUUGGUCUCGAUAAUGCGGGAAAGACUACCCUCCUCCACAUGCUCAAGAACGACCGUCUUGCUACCCUCCAACCCACCCUUCACCCCACUUCUGAAGAACUCGCCAUUGGCAACGUCAAGUUCACCACCUACGAUCUUGGUGGACAUUUGCAAGCCCGACGAUUGUGGAGAGACUACUUCCCUGAAGUAGACGGUAUCGUCUUUUUGGUAGACAGCGCGGACCCCGAGAGGUUCUUGGAGAGCAAGGCCGAAUUGGACUCUCUUUUGUCUAUCGAGGCUCUCGCCCAAGUUCCUUUCCUCAUCCUCGGUAACAAGAUUGACGCCCUCGGUGCCGUCUCGGAAGAGCAGCUCAGGCAUGACCUCGGCCUGUACCAGACCACCGGUAAGGGCAAGGUCCCUCUCCGUGACAUCCGACCUAUCGAAGUCUUCAUGUGCUCUGUCGUCAUGCGACAAGGUUACGGUGAAGGUUUCCGAUGGUUGAGUCAAUACAUUUAAGAUGCUGUUGGAGGUGGAGGGGCAUUGUUGUAUGAGGAGCGGGAGUGGAGCUUCGCAUGACUUUCUUUUACCUUUCCUUACGAUUCGGCUAUGCAGAUACAUAAUCU